AAUACUGAAUAGUAAAAUAUUUUCUUUACGUUGUGAAUUGUAUUUUGUAUUUUUGUAAUUUGUAUUUUGAAAUAACUGCAAAAAAUAAGCAAUACAACGCUCUAUCGGGAACUAAAGUGAGGCUUGAAACGCAUAUAAUGACGUUUUAAUUAGCUGGAACAUGUCCAACCACAAUAUGGCGACUUUGCUAUAAUCGUAGUACUUCUCAAAUCUGUUGUUUUGGACUUAAAAGCAUCUGCCCGUCUACAUUAUAUCUGCCGAAGGACAAGUUCUUUUGAGCUGGAAUGGAGCCUUGCUCUUGUGACACCUUUGUUGCUCUCCCACCUGCCACUAUUGGCAACAGAAUUAUUUUUGGGAAGAAUUCAGACCGACCUAGUGAUGAAGUGCAAGAGAUAGUUUAUUUUCCAGAGAGAUCCUAUGGUGCAGGAGAGAAGCUGGAGUGCACAUAUAUCAAAAUUGAACAAGUAGAGAAAACUUAUGCUGUGGUUUUAAGUCGGCCAUCUUGGUUAUGGGGAGCAGAAAUGGGAGCCAAUGAGUUUGGUGUUUGUAUUGGAAAUGAAGCAGUGUGGGGAAAAGAAGAAAUUGAUGAUGAAGAGGCACUUCUAGGCAUGGAUCUUGUCAGGCUCGGCCUGGAAAGAGCUAAAACAGCAGAGGCAGCAUUGGAUGUAAUUGUAAACUUGCUAGAAAAAUACGGACAAGGUGGAAACUGUAUGGAAGACAAAAUGUCAUUUACUUACCACAAUAGUUUCCUUAUUGCUGACAGAACAGAGGCAUGGGUACUGGAAACUGCUGGGCAGUACUGGGCUGUUGAGAAAGUAGAAGAUGGAAUAAGAAAUAUAUCAAACAGUCUUUCUAUAACCACGAAGAUUGAUCGUGAGCACCCAGGAAUGCGAGAACAUGCCAUUUCUAAAGGCUGGUGGGAUGGAAAAAAGGACUUUAAUUUUGCAGCAGUAUACUCGUAUUUUAACCCCUCUAGAUUAUCUUCUUCUGGGGACAGAUUUUGUGAAGGGUACAAGUUGCUUAGGAAACAUAAAGGAAAUAUGACAGCCACAGCAAUGAUGGAAAUCCUUUCUGAUAAGAGAAGUGGCAUUAACAUGGAAGGAGGGUUUAUGACAACUGGAAGUAUGGUUUCGAUUUUACCGCAGGAUCCACAACAACCAUGCUGUCAUUUUUUCACUGGGACCCCAGAUCCUUCAAGAUCAAUUUUCAAGCCAUUCAUAUUUGUACCCCACAUAGAGCAGCUUGUAAAAACAGCCUCACCUUCCUUUGGUUCUAAAGAUCCUGUCAAGCUCACACCAAGAUUUCAAACAAAGCCUGACAGAAGGCAUGAACUUUACAUAAAACAUGAAAAGGCAUUGAUGGAAACAUCAGAGGGAAAAAUAAUAUUAGAGCAAAUGAAGAAUCUGGAGAAACGGAAGGUUGGGGAUGUUGAAUUACUUUUAAAAGAUGCAAAUCAUGACAAGAUGCAAUUAGCCCAGCUAUUUUCCAGUUGUGUUGAAGAGGAAAUUAAGAUCUAUGAAUAAUAUAUUCAAUAUUACAUUAAAUAUAUACUGAAGGACUUGUAA